GUUCCGUUUGUCUGGAAAGAUGGCGGCGUCCUUGACUGCAACCUCUAUCACCAGGGAGACAGGGACACUUCCGGGGGUGGGCGGGGCUUCACAGCUCCAGGGUGACAUGUAGUCCAUGUGAGUAGCAAUAUGGCUGCGCCCGUGAACUUCCUGAAUGAGGAUGAGGUGAAGGAAUACCUGGAUAAUAUCGGCACGGAGUACAGCUAUCAGUGCCACCGGGAGAAGCAGCCAGAAGGUGAGGGAUCCGGGCAGGCUAUACUGAGACCGGAUAUACCACAGACCCCACUUACAAAAAUGUUUCUUAAAGGGACAGUCUGACCGAGAGCCACAUGUUUAGGUUUAAAGCAAUAAUGGCCAGUUCCUGCCAUUCCUUAUAUUGGGGACCAAUGCAAAUAUUUAUAAAAAAAAAAAAAAACAGGGUUAUUGAGAAAAGUGUUAUUUUUUUUUUUUUUUUAAUUUUAUUUUUAGAAUUGAAAAUCAAUUUCUAAUUAUGGGCCACACCAACCCAAUUGCAAAACCCACCGUAAUAUUGAUUAGAUUAAAGGACCACUCUAGGCACCCAGACCACUUCAGCUUAAAGAAGUGGUCUAAGUGCCAGGUCCAGCUAGGCUUAACCCUUUUUUUUUUUUUUAGAAACAUAUGCAACUGCUAUGUUUUAUAAAUCACAGUGAGACGACGCCAGCAUCCAUAGGAAAGCGUUAUAAAUGCUUUCCUAGGAGACUGGCUGAAUGCGCGCGCAGCUCCUACCGCGCAUGCGCAUUCAGCCGAAGUGGAGGAGAGGAGGAGGAGAGCUCCCUGCCCGGCGCUGGGAAAAAAGGUGAGGGUGGGGGGCACCCUCAGGGCACUAUAGUGCCAGGAAAACGAGUAUGUUUUCCUGGCACUAUAGUGGUCCUUUAAAGGGAUCCUAUAGUUCCAGGAAAACAAAGCAGUUUUCCUGGCACUAUAUCCCCACAGGGAUGAAGGGGUUAAAACCCUUUCAGCCACUUACCUGAAUCCAGCACCGAUGUCCCUCAGCGCUUGGUCAGGCUCUGCCCACGCUGCUCGCCUGCGGGGGAGACCUAAUGCGAAUGUGCGGCAAUGGCCGCGCGCACAUCAGACCUCCCCAUAGGAAAGCAUUAUUCAGUGCUUUCCUAUUGGGAAGAUCUGACGCUGGAGGUCCGUGAGGACGUCCAGCGUCAGAUAAGGGACCAAAAGUCCGUUUGGAUUCCGUAAGCGCCCCCAGUGCCAGAGAGGGCAGGCUUAGAGCUGCAAUGUAAGGACUUGGUGCAAAAGGGUCAAUUAGCUGAAGUGGUCUGGGUGCUUACAGUGUCCCUUUAAAGGGACAUGCUUGACUUAGAGAUACUGUGGGGGGAAAAAUGGGAGCAUGCUAACUUCGCUAGGCAGAAAUUAGCAGCACAUGCACACUAGUCACACAAUGUUACACUAUGGGGAAGCAUAGGAGUGGUUGAAAUCAUCAGGAUUGAUUACCUUAGCAAGCAAAGGCAGGGCUGCUACAUGGAGACCAGGUUAGUAAUUCCUUUAUUUUAUUCGCUCUGGGAGGGCCCAAUAAUUUAAAUAAUUAGUAAAACACCCUAUUGUUGGGAAUACCUUUUUCUUGUCCUAAUGAUAUGGUGAUCCUUUAACGCUUGAAGGGUUGCUGUAGAAGAAUUAAAACAUUAUCAUAUUUAUGGUUCAUAAUGUUUCCACUCUUAAAGAUCACACACAGUACACAAUUUGGCAUUGUGUUGAAAUAUGCAUAUUUGACAGUGAGAAUUAAUUUUCCAUAUUUUAAUUUUCUUCUUCCAGGUUGCCAUAGACUUGCAGAGUAUUAUGAGAGCAUCCGAAAAAACUUUGAAGCUGCAGCAAAGAUACUGAAGUUGAACUGCGAACAAAAUGAGCUUAGCGAGAGUUGCUACAAACUUGGGGGAUAUUAUGUAACUGGGAGAGGUAUGCAUGUCGAAAACUGUGGGUAAGACUGGUAUCUUUGUGCUAUUCAGCCGUUUAAUGGAGCUGCAAUAUAAAUAUAUUUUUUCCUAUAUAGAUUAGUUGGGGAAAAUAAAAAAGUAAUCAAGCAUGGGGGAAGGAGGAUAGAGGGCAUUGAAUUGCUUACUACGACCCCAUUGGGCCAAAGGUAGUAUAACCCUCUGUGAGCCGUUCUGAAUUGGUGACAUAUGCAUCAUUGUAGGAAAUAGCUCUAGUCUCAUUUAAUCAUUCUGCUUUUUCAGGUGGGCUGCCAGUGGACCUUAAGGCUGCAUACAACUGCUUUUUAAAAUCUUGCAACAAGGGUGGAAAGAAAUCCAUCGACUCUUGCCAUAAUGUUGGAUUGCUGUUACAUGAUGGACGUGUAAAUGAUGAAAAGCCUGACCCUGUAUUAGCUAGAGAUUACUAUGAGAAGGCCUGUGAAGGCAGUUUUGCAGCAAGCUGUUUCAACCUGAGUGCCAUAUACCUGCAAGGAGAUACUGGCAUAGCACAGGACAUGAGCAGGGCUCUACAUUACUCUGAGAAGGCAUGCGACCUGGGGCACACAUGGGCCUGUGCCAACGCUAGCCGCAUGUACAAACUGGGGGAUGGGGUAAGCCAAAACGACUCUAAAGCAGAAACCUUUAAAAACCGAGCUAUGGAAUUACACAAGAAACAGAAGGAGAGUUCACAAAUUACUUUUGGAGAAUGAAAGCUUCACACACUCAUCUGAUCAUUUGACAACCUUGUUUCAUUAACUAAAAUCAUAACGAUCUAUUGAAAUAAUGCAGUGUAAUUUGUUUUACAGUUAAAAGGACGAGAAUAUCAAUAUUGAUUUACCUGAUGUAAUUCUAUCUAUGUUAAAAGACAGGGGACAUUUUCACAAUCCUCGGCUAGGCUGCAUCAGUAAUUUCUUGCCACUGCAUCUGAAUUGUUUUCCCGUCAAGCACAGUCAACUAAGAUCAUUUCUACUUAAUGGGUUUAUUUUUUUUUUAAACUGUAAUUGACUAAUCACGUAGAAUCGACUUGGUUGUCUGAGCAAAAAAAAAAAAGCUGCCAUCUGGGAUCACAAAGUUCAUUAAUAAAAUAUAAUUUUGGAUCAGU